AUGGCAUUCGUGGCGCCAGAUCCCAACACGUUCUACCCAAUCCCGCCUGGCCAACUGCCCCCGGGUUUCAUCCCUCCUCCUCCUGGAACAGCCGUCCGCGGGAUUCCCAUCGUCGUCCCCCUAGGCCAUGAGAUGCUCAUCUCUCCCGAAGGGUUCCCAGUCUUUGUACCCGAGCGAGCACUCGUCCAGGUCAACGGCUCUCCCGUCGUUCUCCAACAACAGCAACAGCAACAACAGCACCAGCAGCAUAUUCAGGCGACACCUCCACCUCCAACACCGUCGGUUCCAGGUCCGCCGACGAGGAAUAAUACCAUGUCUUCACAAUUUUCAGGUGGUCCUCCUGCCACAAGCCAGUUCACACCCCCACCUCCAAUGCCUCCACUGCCAACCAUGGUCUCUCAACAACUUACAAUGCCAUACCCUGUCCCGACAGGAAAUCCUCCUCCAUUACCAGCACAACAUCAGACAAGUUAUCCAGCCCCGAACCAUGGCCCACCACUGACGCACGCACCCCCGCCUUUCCCGCCACUGAUGACUAUGCCUACUUCAGUGGCGCCCCCUCAACCCCAGCAGCCAGCACAGCAGCCCUUAGCGGCAGCACCAGCAUUGACGUUUGCAAGUAUUGUGACCUCUUUCAGGACAUCUUCGGAAAGUGUCCAGGCGUGGACAUUCUACUCCUUGGGACUGUCUCAACACUCUGGCCAGAAGGAGAUUGUCAUCACGCUGCGUCAACGACCUGGCCAGUACACCCUCGAGAGCGUUCAGCCCAUCAUGUACCAACUCUUUCACCAGAUUAAUUCUCAUAUCCAGUCCUCAGGAGGUCGACCUCUCGGUGCUGGACAGGUCUUCCCGUGUCGGUUGAAUACUCCAGAUGUUGGGGUGUUGGAGAGGGCGGUGUUGUUGAUUCAUGCCCCUGCAGAGUGUAAGGGCCAGCUGGAGAACAAGGAUGUGCUUUAUGGACUCAUUGCAACCAUGGAGGAGAUGGCUGUGUUCUCGAAGUACGGCGCGGCGAGAUGUUUGACGAAUAUGGGCAACGACUUGGAGACGUGGCCGGUGCCUCUGUGGUCAGACUGGUCAAGACAACCGCUGGUCAGUUUACAGAACUUUGAGGGCUCGUUGACGGAGCGGGUGAGCGUCUUGGCGACCAAGAACAUUGUCGCGACCCUGGAUACGAUUUCGCAUCGGUUGAUGUUGGUCAUCUCUGCCAGUGCUCUUGAACUCAUCCAACAGGACUUGAGGAGGUUCCCUCCGGCCAACGGGCCCGUUGGUGGAAGUGGGUUCUCGUCAGACUUGACAAGAGUCACUUUCUUGUUGGAUAUUGAUGCGGGCGCACAAGCGUACUUGACGUGGAGGAGUGGACAGGAAGGACCCGCCAUUUUCAAUGCACGCCCGAACCCAACGAGUUUCCAUGGAUGUUGGAUUACAAUGAGCGGGAUUGGGGCACAUGAGGUUGCGAACAUUCAGGAGGGAGUUACGCCGAGGGAGGAUGGAAUUGAGUUGAAGAUGCGGGCAGCGACUUGGGAGCGGUUUUAUCAGGCGUUGAUCUCCAGGACCCCGGCUGUUGUCCCAGUCGGUGCUGAGACUGUCCAAUUAAGCUAUGCUUAG